AUGCUUCACGAAAAAGUCUUGUCGCGGAAGAUUGUAGGGGCGAAUUUAGAUGAGAAAGACUCCAAAGACUCGAAGGACUCUAAGCCUCAAAGCGAUCAACCUGCAUCAACGGGAAAGAUCCUUAAUUUGAUGAAGAGCGAUGCAUAUGAGAUUGCACAACGCUUCUGGGAAAUACAAACUUUCCUUGACGUACCCAUAGGCUUGGUUCUGUCAAUGGUGCUCGUCUGGAAAUUGGUCGGCUGGACAAGCAUCCUCGGAAUUGCCAUUACCAUCGUCGCACAAGGCGUUACUGCUCUCAUAAUGAGGUACCAAUUGAAGUUGGAGCGUAUUCGAAGGGCUGCUACAGAUACCAGACUCCAGAAGACCUCACAAUUCAUUGAAGCGAUCCGUCAUCUCCGCUGGUACGCCUGGCAGGAUUUUUGGCUGGAUCAAAUUCUCACCCAGCGGCAAAACGAGUUGAGAAAGCGCGUGAUCGCAGAUAUUUGUGAUGUCUCCAUCACGCUCACACAAAGUCUUGCGGGUAACAUGUUUCCAGUGGCGGUUUUCUACGCUUACACAACAUGGGCGGGCCAACCAUUACGGGUCGACGUUGUUUUCCCGGCUCUUCAAGUCUUCGGUAUGGUUCAACGCAGCUUAGGAGCUGUUCCAAGGUUGGUCAAUGUUCUUCUCCGAGCCAGGAUAUCUAUGCAGCGUAUCGAAGCUUUCAUGAAAGAGCCCAAUAAGGAUGAACAUGAUGAAAAAACGGCAGGAUCAGACACCCCUCACCACCUGCACAUUGACAGCGCAAGCUUCGCAUGGCCGGGCAAAGACGACAAUGUGCUUCACGAUAUCGACUUACAGUUUGUAGAUGGUCUGACUGUGAUUUUCGGUGAAGUCGCAUCAGGCAAAUCGGCUCUGCUUCAAUCUAUCCUCGGCGAAUUAGACUUACGGAGCGGUCAUAUAGACCGAUCCAGCAAUGUCUUCGGAUACUGUGCCCAAUCUCCGUGGCUUCAGAGCAUGAGUAUUCGAGACAACAUUCUAUUCUCUUUACCAUUUGAUGAAGAGCGAUACUAUCAAGUGUUGGAUGCAUGCGCGCUCACCAUUGACCUCGAACACUUCAAAGACGGAGACCGCUCUCUCAUUGGGGAAAACGGCAUUGGACUGUCUGGAGGCCAACGGGCUCGCGUUGCUCUUGCAAGAGCAGUCUACAGCCGCGCUCCAACGCUUCUGUUAGACGAUCCAUUGUCUGCUUUGGACCAUCAGACGGCGGAACAUGUAGUGAAAAAAUGCUUGAAGGGGCCUCUGACGAAUGAUCGAACGGUUAUUCUGGUGACUCACAGAGUGGAGCUAUGCCAACCUCAUGCAAAACAGAUGGUUGAAGUCACAGACGGCAAAGCGUCUGCAUUGACUUAUAAACCUUCCCCAGAGCUUCUUACUAAAGUGAAAACCCAAGAGUCCGUUAUCCAAGACACAGUCACCGAUAAGAAAGAUGCAACCGAUGAGAAAGCUGAGAAGUUCAUCGGUGACGAAGAGCGAGCACAUGGCGGGGUCAAGUAUAAAGUCUACUGGCAAUACAUCAAGGCUGGAAAGCUCCGAUACUGGGCCUUCAUCAUCUUUCUCUUGGCAAUUGGUCGUGUCCUCAGUAUCUCGCAAGAUUAUUUCCUCAAAGAGUGGGCGGAAGCUUACGAUAGACCAUCCGUCACUCAGUCUAGCAUCGUCUCUGAUUUCUUCGACAAGUUCCCAUCUCCUGAGGUAAAAUUGAGCCCGUGGCUGUGGUGUUUCUUCGGACUCGCCGCUGCGCGCUCACUUAUGUGGGUCUUGCGUGAUGGUGGGAUGGUAGUCAUCGUUUACGUGGCUGGCAAGGGCAUGUUUAAAAAGGUUAUGCAACGUGUCGCGAAUGCGACCUUCCGCUUCUAUGACAUUACGCCUGUAGGUCGCCUCAUGAAUCGAAUGACGUCCGACAUCGGGACCAUGGAUGGCGGCUUGACUGAGCGAUUCUCCUACAUCGCACUGUUCAUUUUAAGCUGGAUAUCAUCGAUCAUCGUCAUAGCCUCCGUAACACCCGUCUUCCUGGUCUUCUCCUGUGCUCUCGUGGCAGGAUUCGUCUACGUCUUCCUACGCUUUCUACCGACCUCACAGAGCCUGAGACGGCUGGAAAUGGUAUCCUUGAGUCCUUUGAUGUCCAACUUUGGGAAUCUCAUCCAUGGUCUGACCACAGUGCGAGCCUUCUGCGUCCAGAAGCGCUUUCAAGACCAGGUCAUUGACGUCACCGACGACUUCCAGAAAAUGGACCAUUUCUACUGGUCCCUCCAAGCCUGGCUCUCAUGCCGGUUCGACUACAUGUCCGCGUUCUCAACCUUCAUCCUCACUAUGCUCGCAAUCUACACCGGCGUAUCCCCCGGCUUGACCGCCUUCACUCUCAUAGCAGCCUCGAACUUCGUCAACGCCACACACGCCCUAUGCCGCAUGUACGGCAGCCUUCAAAUGCAAUUCGUCUCGGUAGAACGAAUCGUCGAACUCUUCGACCUGGAGCAAGAAACCCCCGGCUCCAUCGACCCACCGGCUUCCUGGCCAAAACUCGGCAGCGAAAUCUCCUUCAAGUCCGCAACCCUAAAAUACGCGCCCCACUUCGACCCCGCGCUGCACGACCUCUCCUUCACCAUCCCAGGCGGCUCCACAACCGCUCUCCUCGGCCGGACCGGCUCCGGGAAAAGCACGCUCGCGCUCUCCCUCCUCGCCACUAUCGUCCCUACCACAGGCUCCAUCACCAUCGACGGCAUCGACGUCUCCAAAGUCAACAAGCAAGUCCUCCGCCACCGCAUCACGUUCCUGGCGCAAGACCCCGUGCUCUUCCCCGGCUCGAUGCGCGAGAAUCUCGAUCCGCUCUCCGAGCACACGGACGGGGAUUGCGACGGUGUGCUGCAGCGCGUGUGCGGGAAACAUGGCUGGAAUCUCGAUACGAGGAUUGAUAGCGGGGGCAGUAAUUUGAGUCAGGGGCAGCGGCAGCUGGUGGGGCUGACGAGGGCGGUGUUGAGACGGAGUCCGAUUAUUAUUCUGGAUGAGGCAACAGCGAGUAUCGACACCGAAACCGCGCUCUCGAUCCAGCAGAUCCUGCGCGAGGAAAUGCGCGAGAGCACCGUCAUCACGAUCGCACAUCGGCUUGAGGCGGUGAAGAAUGCCGAUUUCUUCAUCCGGCUGGAUCAUGGCCGUAUUAUCGAACAAGGGCACGUAGAAGCUGAUGCUUUUGACGAUAGUCGGGAUUUGGGGUUGAAAUGA